AGAGUCAAGAGACUCAAGAGUGUCUGCACUGCAUGCACUAAUACCACAGUGUAUCUUCCACUCCCAAUCUCAUACACCAACGCCGCUCCCUAAAUCUUCUCCUCAUUCUCUGCUCUGUUUCCAUUUGUCCCAAUUUUCUAAUCUCUCUUUCUUUCCACACCCAAUUUUCCAUUUCCAUUAUUUUCCUUUAAUCCAAAAUUCAGGUUAAAAAAAAACACCAUUUUUCCAUUAUCUUCUUCCAUGAAUCUCAAACACCAAACUCAUUCUCUGUUAAAAAUCUCAACAUUUUGUCUCCAACCCAUUUCAGCAAAGCAACUAGUUUCUUCAAAGAUCUGAUUUUUAUCAUUCUUGAAGUGAAGUUUCUGCAAAAAAAUUCUCUCACAUUGUCUUCAUCUGCAGAGUCACCACAACACAAUGUUGAACAAUUCAUGGCCGUUUUGUGCUGUGUAAGCUAUAAAGUUUCUCUCUUUUUCACUCAUUGUUGCAUUCUAGCUUCACUAGCUGUGUCCCUUUUUGAUAGAUUUUUAUUGGGUUUUAUUUAAUUUUGAUUUAACAUAUGAGAUCUUGAUGAGGGUUGCAAAAAAUUUCCUUGCAAUUCUCACAUUGCCAUUGUUACUUUCAUUUCAAUUUUCAAUUGCUCAGGUUCCAUUUGAUGAUGAUAUUUCAUCAAGAGCCCUUGAUUCGGUUCUUCAAGUUCACGCCUUUAAGGCGUUUUCUAGACCUAAAACUGGUGUACCUUAUGAUGCUCAAUUGCCCAAUAACCUAACUGGUGUUAAAGUUUCAGCAUUGAGGCUUAGAAGUGGUAGUUUAAGAACAAGAGGUGUUCAAUCCUACAAAGAAUUUCAGAUCCCAACUGGGGUUGUUGAACAGCCUUAUGUAGAGAGGCUUGUUUUUGUUUAUCAUAAUUUAGGAAAUUGGUCUGAAAAAUUUUACCCUUUACCUGGUUACACAUAUUUAGCACCUGUUUUAGGUUUAUUGUCAUAUAGUGGUGUUGAUUUGUCUGCUAAUGAGUUACCUGAGUUGGAUAUAAGAGCUUCUGAUAAACCGAUUUUGAUUAAGUUCAAUGAUGUGAAAUCAGCACCAUAUGGUUCAGUUCCUAAGUGUGUGUAUUUUGAUCUACAUGGUUCAGUGCAAUUUGAUAUUUUACUACCUGAUAAUGUGUGUUCAACAGUGCAACAAGGGCACUUCUCGAUUGUUGUCGAGUCUAUUGCACCGACUCCGGCGCCUGCUGCUGUUGCUGCUACUAUUGGUGAAAGUGGUAGGAAGAAAAAGUCUAAGGUUUGGAUAAUUGUUGGAUCUUUGGUUGGUGGAUGCAUAUUGUUGAUUAUAUUGAGUUUAUUGGUUGUUAGAUUGAUAAAGAUCAAAAAAGGGAUGAAGAUACAGGAAUUGGAAUGGACUGCUGAUAGUAAUGAAACUUUGCAGAUGACAUCUAUUGGAGGAACCAAAGCACCAUUAGCAAUUGGGACUAGAACAAGACCAAUAAUAGAAAAUGAUUACAUUCCUUAGAUUUUGAAAUUGAUUAUUGUUGAAUGAACUAAUUUUUUCUUGCUUGUGUGACAUGGCAUUGUAAUUUUUCUGUUCAUAACGGAUGAACUAAAAUGCUUCCUGUGACUAUUUCUAGAAAUUUAGUUUACUUGGUUUCAA